AUGGCGAACAUCGAAGCCUUCGUCGCGUCGUCCGCGCCCGUUUUCUCGUCGCGCGCCGAGUCGAGUCGAGAUUUCGCCUUAUCCGAGCUUUGGGACGCGUUUACCGAGCCGAGCGCGUUCGGCGCCGAGGUCCCGCUGCGCUUGCAAGACGGCCAACCGUGCGUGUCGCAGUAUUACGUGCCGUUUUUGUCCGGAAUGCAGUUGUUCGUGCGCGGGGACGGCGAGGACGGCGAGGACGGCGAGGACGGCGCGAGACGAAGACGAGUCGGAACGGGGACGAGAUUGAUUUAUGAAUUCUUUGAAAAGGCGUCGCCGUACUCGAGAGCGCCGUUUCGAGAGAUAAUUGAUUUGAUACUAGAUGAGCGGGCGGAGUUGAGGACGAUGACGAGCGCGGACUUGGCGCCGAGUAGUUGGAUGAGCGUGGCGUGGUAUCCGAUUUAUCGCAUACCGCAAGGGACGAUGUUACACGACGUGCAGGGGUGUUUCUUGACCUAUCACGCGUUGUACGCGGGAGAAUUGUGCGAUGGUGACAUCGCGUGUCCGUUGCCGCCGGAGAUGACGAUGUUAUCGGAAGAUUUGCUCGCGCUGCGCGCCGCGCGAGCGAAGGAGCGGGCGUCUGCGUCGGACGACGCGGGCGCGGGCGGCGGAUCGACCGCCGCACCGCACGCACACAUCCUUCGCCCGUUCGGAUUAUCGAUGUACAAAAUGCAAGGCGACGUCUGGGCCGCGAACGACGACGUCACUGACUGGAUGAACAAGCUCAUGGACGGCGCCUACACCUGGCUUCGCAUGCGCAAGACGGUGCACCCAGAUUACGAAUUUUUUAGCCACUUUGGAUGA